CUUGGAUGCAGUCAAGUUUUAAACGCCGCCUUAUUAGGUUCGAAGCAUCGGAAAAUAGACAGCAUCGUUUUUGGUUAUACAAGUAUACAUAGAAGUUCAGUCAUUACUACACACAUUCGGGCAUAGGAAGUCAAUUGGAAUGUCGCUCAAAUUGAUUUAUCUUCUUAUAAUUUUUACACUUACCGCCAUUGUGCUGGUUGCAGAAGGGCGUGGGGGGCGUGGACGUGGUGGUUCACUCGGUUCCACCUUUUAUAGUCGCACUCACAAGAAGCACAGUUCAUCAGGGGGGAGCAGCUCGCGCCGCAAAGUCGUUAGUGGCUCCCCAGUACAUACAUCCUAUACAAAAUCAAUGAUUUCAGGGCAUAGUUUUGAUCAAAAAGCGGCAAAACAUAGAUCACACCGAAGGCGCCACAAAAGUCACAGCAGUCAUCAAAGCAGUCACAGCAGUGACCACAGUAGUCAUAACACGCACUCCGCCAACAGUCAUGGCGGUUACAGUAGUCACGACAGUCACGCGCAUGUAGAUGCACCGCGCACAUUUCACCAUAGUUACACUCCCUCUCACACAAAUAUUGGCAGUGCAUUCGGCUCAAGUGCAGGACAUCACAAUUCAGGUGCCUAUUCUCACAGAUGGGGUGGCUAUGAAUUGCCACCAGGCCAUGUCUACGUUACCCAAACCUCUAGUAUGCCAGCCAAUGCGGUUUACUAUGCACAGCCGCCGAGACAGAGCAGUAGCGCAGCUGAUACAUCCGAUUUUAUAAAUGGUUACCUGAUUGGUCGAAGUUUUUCACGUGGAUACCACAAUCACAAUCACCACUAUCAUUAUCAUCGGCAGGAGCCAGAAAACCCCUACAAUGGCUCGACAAGUUCACAAGUCACUUCAGAAAAUAAUACAAAUCUAAAUGAUUUUUACAAAAACAACACCACAAAUGAGACUUCUUACUGGCCCACAGAUUUUCCAGUAUCUUUGGCACCUUUGAACAACACACUGCACCUUGACGCUGACUCUCAAUCGACUCACGAACCCAUCUACAAAGGUCUUCCAAGUUUAAGCGCUCAGAAAUUUUCAAUGGAAAAUUCUACAUUUGAACUGCCAACGGCCACUGCUGCACCGCCAGAUACGCCGCCAACUACUGGCAUCAUUUGUAUGCCCUGGUUAUUUAAUGAAACCAAUCCGACUCAUCCAGAACGUAUUGUGACUAUUGAGAAAACGAUCUGUUUUCCUGCGCCAUCGCCACCACCUUUGCCUUCAACCACACCCUUGGCACCGAUUGUUGGCGAUAUUGGAGUUGACACGCGCACAACAAUACCAACAACAACCACUGAAGGUUCUGUACAACCACUGGACUUUGAAUUCUGCAAAGGCGUCGACUGCUCUUCUGUACGUGGAAUGGUCGGUAAAAAUUUGGUCUGUUGCCCUUCAAGUUUAUAUAUUUAAUAUGUAUUUUUACUUAUGUACAUAUUUUAUAUUAUAUUAAAGAACUGACUAUUUGUAUUGGGCAACUUUAA